UUUUUAAUUCAACGUUCGUAAAAUCAUCUGUCAGUGACACUUGUCGACGUUAAUUAAUUAAAUUAUAAUAAUUGGAAUACGCAGUGUUAACUAUAGUAGAAGAUUGUAAUAAUUGAACAAUAGCAAUAUAAAAUUUAUUUUCCAUUAUUAUUCGUCAACGUUGACUACUAAAUAUGGUUUAUAUAUCGAGUGAUGGAAAAAUUCUGAAUUCAGUACCAUGGGGCUUUAAAAGAAUCGCUGAUUUCUUUUCAGCUAUAAUAUUUAUGGUGAUAAUGUUUUUCAAGACAUUAUUUGGUAUGGAUACAGAUCAAAAUAACGCUAGGAACGCAAGAGAUUUUAGACCUGGCUUUGGUCCACCUAAACCUCCAAGUCGAAGACUAGGUAGGCCAAGUAACCUCAACCAUAAUGUAGACAUUCCCUUUGGUUGCAGUAGUUGUCAGAUGUAAAUUCAUUAUUGAUGAAACGCGAUUAUGGAUAAUUUAAAUAUAUCAAAGAAUCUUUAUCACAGAGAAAAUUAUAUUCUUUAUUUAAGUAUUAAAAUUGAAAA